AUGGAGAAUCAAGAUAAAACAAUUAAGCAUGAAGAUUCAGAACCAUCUACAGAGGUGAAUCACACAGCCUCCAGGUGUCAAGUACAACAGGAGGAAACAGUUAUGAACCCCAGAGGUAUAGAUGGAAAUGAACCAACAGAAGGAAGUGACCUACUGAAUAGCAAUGAAAAAAUGCAAGAAACACCAGCUGAACCAAAUCACUUGCAAAGACUAAGACAGACAUUUGCUUGCCCUCCACGUGGUUUACUGGAUAGAGUAAUAACAAAUGUUACCAUGGUUGUUCUUCUGUGGGCUGUAGUUUGGUCAAUUACCGGCCCUGAAUGUCUUCCUGGAGGAAACCUGUUUGGAAUUAUAAUCCUAUUCUAUUGUGCCAUCAUUGGAGGCAAACUUUUGGGGCUCAUUAAGUUACCUACAUUACCUCCACUGCCUCCCCUUCUGGGCAUGCUGCUUGCUGGGUUUCUCAUCAGAAAUAUCCCUGUCAUCAGUGAUAACGUACAGAUCCAGCACAAGUGGUCUGCUGCUUUGAGAAGCAUAGCCCUGGCUGUCAUAUUGGUUCGCGCUGGUCUUGGGCUUGAUUCAAAUGCCCUGGAGAAGGUGAAGGGUGUUUGUGUAAGAUUAUCCUUGGGUCCUUGUCUUGUGGAGGCGUGUGCAUCUGCUCUUCUUGCCCACUUCCUCAUGGGUUUGCCAUGGCAAUGGGGAUUUAUGCUGGGUUUUGUUUUAGGUGCUGUAUCUCCAGCUGUCGUGGUGCCUUCAAUGCUCCUUUUGCAGGAAGGAGGCUAUGGUGUUGAAAAAGGCAUCCCGACCUUACUCAUGGCUGCUGGCAGCUUCGAUGAUAUUCUGGCCAUCACUGGCUUCAACACCUGCCUGGGCAUGGCCUUUUCCACAGGCUCCACAGUUUUUAAUGUCCUCAAAGGAGUUUUGGAGGUGGUAGUUGGUAUGGCAGCUGGAUUGCUUCUUGGAUUUUUUAUUCAGUAUUUUCCAAGCAGUGACCAGGACAAGCUCGUGUGGAAGAGAGCAUUCCUGGUCUUGGGGCUGUCUGUGCUGGCUGUGUUCAGCAGCAUGUAUUUUGGUUUCCCUGGGGCAGGAGGACUGUGCACGCUGGUCCUGGCUUUCCUUGCAGGCAAGGGAUGGGCCAGCGCAAAGGCAGAUGUUGAAAAGGUUAUAGCAGUUGCCUGGUUCAUCUUUCAACCCCUUCUCUUUGGACUGAUUGGAGCAGAGGUAUCCAUUACAGCUCUCAGACCAGAAACUGUCGGCCUUUGUGUUGCCACCCUGGGCAUUGCAGUAUUGAUACGAAUUUUGGCUACAUAUCUGAUGGUGUGUUUUGCUGGUUUUAACUUUAAGGAAAAGAUAUUUAUUUCUUUUGCAUGGCUUCCAAAGGCCACAGUCCAGGCUGCAAUUGGAUUUGUGGCUUUGGACACAGCAAGAUCACAUGGAGAGAAACAGUUAGAAGGAUAUGGAAUGGAUGUGUUGACAGUGGCAUUUUUGGCCAUCCUCAUCACAGCCCCAAUUGGAAGUCUACUUAUUGGUUUGCUAGGCCCCAGACUUCUCCAGAAAGCUGAACAUCAAAAUAAGGAUGAGGAAGAUCAAGAAGAGACUUCUAUACAGGUUUAG